AUGAUAAGUAAAUGCGAGACUUUCCAACUUGAAAUAUUGACAAGAAUUAGACCGAGAGAACCCGAUUUCAUUCCUGACACGUAGAGACCCAAAUGACAAAAUAGAUUUGGACGAAGACGGACUAAAUGACUAGCAAAUGUAGUCAAUAUGUAUUAUCAAUACAAGAUGUCUUUACCUAAUAUCUUAUCCGUAUACCGUUUCCCAAUCAACAGGCACAAACUAUAAUAUAGAAAUUGAUGGAUAAUUCUAUUUACGUAUUUUCCAUACGCAAGACGAUGUUAAAUGACUCCUUGUAACGUGCACACGUCUUAAUAAGAGAUUUAAUAAGGUCCUGUACUAAGAACAGAUGUAGAGAACGGGACGAGAUUUUGAAUAUAGUUUGUUUUGGAAAUAACACUGCAAUGCAUGCGGGUAUAGGAUGUACACCCUUUGAGUUGACUUUUAGUAGAAGCACCAACCAUCCCAGUGCAAUAUCGGCUACUACUGCAAUGAGCAAGAAAGAA